AUGGCUGCCAAAGAUCCAGAGUUCCAGACCCAAUGCCUUGAUCUCAUUCGCGGGAUCAAAGCUGCCCACGAGAAGCAGAGUGACCUCCUUGAGAAAUUGGUGACGCUUAUGGCUAUACCAGUUGAACUGAAGACAGCACAUCCACGCGAAGAGAAAUUUCAUGAAGAUAUUGAUGAAUCCCUUGUUCAAGGGGAUAAAAUCAAGCUCAAUGGAGGGGCGUCGUCAGAUGAUCUCAGUGUUGCAACGCAACAAGACACCAACUUGGGCAACAUCCUUCGCUUCGCAUCUAAUUCUUACAAGAAAAGGCUACGGCUUUUCAAGAUUGAUCAAGAUGGUCCACAACCAUUCUUACUCAGCUCUCAAUUACCUCCCUCACAAUCUUCGUACACACUACCCCAGCAGUUAGAGUACAUUCCCCGACCCCCAGACGAUGGAGACGUCGUUGUCAAUGCCACUCGAUCGUGGAACUACUGGUAUCCGCACGAUUGGGAGACACAACCCUCCAGAAACAAAUCCAUCAGCCCAGUGCCGGACUUCAUGCCACCAUGGCAACUUACCCGCGGAGAAAACGAAAAGUGGUAUCACAUCGACGACAUAGACUUGGAGUUUCCCCUAACCGCACCAGAUACGCUAUCACCAGUGGCAGGAACAUUCUUUGAAGUGCCUUACUCUUUCUUCCCCGGACUGCGGAAUCUGAACAUGGCUUAUACGCGGCGUCAGGGAAUCACGUACGGUGGUUCGGGCGAUUACUUGAUCGAGACUGCACUUACAGAAGCCCAUCGAUACAAGAUCCGUCAGUCCCUAGGGGACUUCUAUGCUGUGCCGCAGGAUGGCCGUCUUCCUCUGUCAUUUCAUACGAGUGAGCUUCGAAUGCAAGUUCGUCAUCGACGGACGCGGAAUGAUAUCGACCGCAGUCUUGAUAAGUAUCUUGAGCCUACGCGUGAGCUACUUAGUAAACUUCAUUGGUUUACUAUCAUUGACCUCACGGCACCUGGAGGCUCUCAGAACGCCGUAUACAGUGUGCGAACCAAAUCAUCACUGUUCCAACAUGACUCUCCGCCAUCGCGUGUUGAGGGGCCGCCUUGCUGGGAGAUGAUCCAGCCCGCGCUUCAAAGAGAAGGUAAUGGAUUUGUGUCAUACCCGUCAGUCAUACAAGACCACCAAACACAGCCGAUCCAUCGUGAAGGACGAUGGUGUCGCGUUAUUCAGCUUGACGGUCUCGCAAACAUCACCGCUGGUCUUAUGGAUGAGAAAUGCACCCGGUAUAACUCUAUGGCCGUCUGGAAGCUUCUCUUCCAAGAUAACCAGCUAAGUUCAGGCAAGGGUCGUGCAUUUCGUGCCACGAUCAAUCAGCAUCUCCUCUGCAGACCGUCUGCAAAGGACCUGCACGGUUCCGAAAACGUCCCGUGGAGGUCCUUUCACAUCUCGUGGUAUCAGCUCUGUACACAGCCUACUGAUGCAGCUGUUAAGCAAUCGACGUGGAACUAUGGACGUCUUUAUGGGGAGAAGGGGCCGUACAUAAAACAGCAAGCUUUUACUUUGGGGUGUGCUUAUCAAGAGCUUCACGGUUCUGACGCUAAGCGUGACUCUUUCUGGACAGUCUUGAUCAUGAAGCCGUCCGCUGCUGAUUAUGAUGCAUAUGAUGUGCACAAAGUCCCACGUCGGACAUAUCCGCCUCAAAACGAUGGCCGGCAAUAUCGCUCGGAAGAUGUCAUCCUUGAUGCUAUUCGGACGAAUUUACAGAAAGCAGCUAAUGCGUGGAGUCGAAUGCAAGUAGCCCUCGACGCAAUCGUCGAUCAUGAUCCUCUGUUUCUCGACCCCGUUCAGCACGACAAUCUCUUAUUCGACGACGACACGUUCUCAAGAUCAAGACAAUACUUUUGGAUCGUCAGCUGUCUUGAGUCUUUUCUUAUUCUUAUCGAUGAUGCUAUAGAGGAGUGGAGGAGAUUUCGUGUCGAUUGGCCUCAUAUGAUUAUGGAGAUUGAUCCAGCGGAGGAGUCCCGGACGGGAGAAACACCAGAGGCGUUGACGCGAAGAGUUUUGGGGGAGAUUGAGGCACAAGUUGAUAGACUGAGGAUCAUAUCUGCUCGUUUCGAAGCAAGUCGUGACAAAACCAAAGCUCUCAGAGAAGGCGUAUGUAUCCCUCAACUACGACGCUCGACAUACUAA